AUGUGGAGUAAAGAACUUGUAAUCGAAAGAGCUAGGCAAACGUGCACCAACUUGCCAGAGGAAACUAUGGUGUUCAUGGAAAAAUUAUCAGAGAAAUCAGGGCUGGGCCCGUCCACCUACUUGCCAGAGGCAUUUAGAAGGGACCCUCCACACGAUUGCCUGGAAGAAGCUAGGAAAGAGAGCGAGAUGGUGAUAUUUGGUGCCGUUGAGGAUUUAUUGGCAAAGACUGGAGUGAAGGUGGUGCCAUCUCUUUCUGCCAUGAUAGUUAACAGGUAUAAGCUAGGAGAUAAGGUGGCGAGCUAUAAUAUUAGCGGGAUGGCCAUUCUCCUCUCCAACAAGCCAUCGGAUAGCCAUGUUACCAAGCAUCAACUAAUCCACGCCGUCCGUCCCAACACAGCUGCUUCUGAUUCGUCCUACAACUGCUUUACACGCUUGGAGGACUCGCAAGGACUCUUAGGUAUCACAACCACCAAAGAUCUCAUUCAAGAAGCAAUCAAGACCAUCGAAACCAACUUGACCACACUAGGCCACUUAGUGCUUCCCAUAUCAGAAAAGAUCCAGUUCAUCGCAAAUUACAUUGCUAGGCAUUUCCGCGCACGGGGCAAAGGCCAAACCUGGAGAAAAACCAGAAGUAAAACUGAUAUGGAAGCUUCAAGAAUGACUUUGUACUGGUUUGAUAAUGCUGCUUCUAGUUCAGUGUGGUCUGGGCUGGCAUAUGCCAAGGCCAAGGGCAGGAUCAAGAAAGGUGGUCGCGUGUGGCAGAUUUCAUUUGGGUCUGGGUUUAUGUGUAACAGUUUGAUCAUGAAAGCAACGAGGGCUGUUGAUCGUGACGAAAAGAAUCCUUGGAGUGGUGAGAUCGAUGAGUUUCCUGUGGACCUGAAGAGCACCGAGGGAGGCAUUCCAUAUGAAUUUAAGCCGUCCAAAAAGAUAUGA